GGCAGAUGCUGGCAGGUUAUCCGCUCUGAGCAGCUCGAGAGACAACGCUGCUCGCCGAUCGCUCCUAUUGGUCAAACCAAACCCCCGACCGGCCCCUAAUCGCCCUUUAUCGGUUCGGGAUGGAGGAGGCGGCUGGCCGCCACCAGCAGCAGCACCACUUCUGGGGGGAUGACCCCGCGGACGAGGAAGAGUACUACGCCUCGCAGGGCAUCCGCGGCACGACCUCCUUCUUCGCCUCGCCGGGGGGCUUCUCCCUCUUCACCCGCUCCUGGUUGCCCUCUUCUUCGCCCCCGCGCGCCCUCGUCUGCAUGAUCCACGGCUACGGCAACGACAUCAGUUGGACCUUCCAGGCUACCCCCAUCUUCCUCGCCUGCCACGGCUUCGCCUGCUGCGCCCUCGACCUCCCCGGCCACGGCCGCUCCCCCGGCCUCCGCGCCUUCCUCCCCGACCUCUCCGCCGUUGCCGACGACUGCCUCACCUACUUCGACUCCGUCCGCCGCUCCCCGGAGCUCCGCGGCCUCCCCUGCUUCCUCUACGGCGAAUCCAUGGGUGGCGCCCUCUGCCUCCUGAUCCACCUCCGCGACCGCCGCCCCGAGGCUGGCUGGCGCGGCGCCGUCCUCGUCGCCCCCAUGUGCAAGAUCUCCGACAGCAUCCGCCCCAGGUGGCCCAUUCCGCAAAUCCUGACUUUCGUUGCCCGGCUCGCGCCCACCUUGCCCAUCGUUCCCACGGCCGACCUCGUCGACAAGUCGGUCAAAGUCGAGGCGAAGCGGAAGGUGGCCGCGAGUAACCCACUGCGGUACCGGGGAAAGCCGAGGCUGGGCACCGUGGUGGAGCUGCUGCGGGCCACUGACGACCUGGGAUCCCACCUCACGGAGGUGACCAUCCCCUUCCUUGUGCUCCACGGCAGCGCCGACGUCGUCACCGACCCGGCGGUGAGCCAGGCGCUGUACGACGCGGCCCGGAGCGAGGACAAGACCAUCAGGAUCUACGAGGGGAUGAUGCACUCCCUUCUCUUCGGCGAGACGGACGAGAACGUUGCCCUCGUCCGCAACGAUAUCCUAACCUGGCUCGACGAGAGGUGCGGAGGAGCUUGAACCAAACAGAACAAAAAAUACAUUUUUGUCAUUUGGUUCCCUUCUUCAUAGCCGACAUUUUCUGAAGAAACUGAUCUAGUAAUGUUUUGAUGCUGCUAUUAUCUGAAACGGUACAUCAGAAAAAACUGAAAUCGGUCUUUUUUUUCUUUUUUGAUGUUCCUAUUUCGAAAUAGAGCAUAAGAAACACUAAAUUGAUCAUUGAUUUCUC